AUGGGUGGUUCCGACGAGGGCGGCGGUGGAGUGGAAGGGAGAGGGUGGGAGGCGGCGGUGAGGGAGGAGGUGGGGGCCGCCGGCGGGUGGUGGGACGAUCCCGACGGCGCGGAGCUCCGCGCCAGGUUCAAGGCCUUCACGGGGCAACGCCGCGACUGGCCCCAGCCCAAGCUCCUCUUCUGGAAGGACCUCGUCCUCCGCGUCGCGCGCCGCCUCGGCAUCUGCUCCGCCCCCGCGCACCACGUGACGGGUGUUUUGUUCACGCGACCUGGCGGCCUCACGCCGCUCUGCUUGCCGCAAGUUCUGGAAGAGAUGCGUGCUGACGGCGAAAUUCUGCUCAAAUCGGAGCUAAUCGAUCCGACCGCAGGGAGCUUAUAUCAGUUGGUCAGGAGGGUGAGCCAGAUGGCUCUUGUCUCAAAGCAGCCGAUUGUGCAGGAGGACAUCCUUGUGUUUACAUCGUUGGUUGAGGAACGGGCUGCUGAGAUUGUUGAUCAGCUGAGGAACUCUCAUUGGACGUCAACAUGCAUUGUUACUAUUGGUAAAUUCAAUACCUUCUUUCAUGGGCGGGAGAAUUCUCAUGUUGCGUUAUGUUACUUGACACAAUGUGGGAAAGCAUGGUAUAUUAUUGAUAGGAGGCAAAAAGAUUCUAUUGAGGGUGUGAAGUUUUCGCUCAUGGCUGCACAAGUUCCUGCAGUCUCAAAGCUUGACUAUGAUACCUUGCAUUUAGUUUGGACAGAAGAAAAGUUGCAGCAGCAGCUUGAUGUGCUUGAUCGCCAAUGGGAAAUUUCAAGAAGAAGGGCAUUGGUAUCCUUCAAAUCUGGCAAUAAACAAGCAGCUUAUCGAUAUGUGCGACAGUCCAAGUUGUUCUCAGAAAGCAGGAAAAGAUGCACACCACUGCUGGAGAGGGUUGAAGAAGUUAUAAGUCUAAUGGGUAGUGCUGAAAUAACUAAGAAGGUUAAUGAGGCAAUCAAAAUCAGUAUUCAAGCAAUGAAGGAGCAUCAUGUGAGCAUAGAGGAGGUUAAUGAGCACCUAAAGGAGGUCGAUGACCUUGUUGUGACACAAAGAGAAAUUGAUGCUGCCUUAGGAUCAGUAAUACUCCAGUCAGUGGAUUCUGAAUCCGAAGAAAAUAUAGAGGAAGAAUUCAUGAAGCUGGAAGCAGAACUGCAGGAUAAGAGCUCUCACAUUCAAGAGAAUUCAGUUUCACAUGGCAAUGAUGAAUUACCUGAUGAAGAUGUUGAUCCAUUGAGCAAUAACCUUUCAAACAUUAAACUUGAGGCUGUCUAGAUUUCCACAUUAAAUUUUGUACAUAUUGUGAUUUAGUCACAUCUUUCCCCCCAUUAGUAUGUGUUGUAUUUCUUAUGACUAUUUUUACCAAAACAGGAAUUCUCUAUUGCAGAAAUAUUUUCUUACAAGUUUGACAUGUUUUUUUUUUCGGUAUCAAAACAUUUAUGCCUACUGAAUGUCUGCUAUUUGAAGUGUAUGGC